GUGGUACUCGUAGUCGUGGCUGGUAUAAUCCCCACCGUAUACCAAUUCUCGCCAUGGCACCAAUCCUUUCAGUUGACCUGUACCGAUGCAUUGUCGAGUACUACACCCAGGAAGAUCGCAGGACGCUUCUCUCCUUGAUGUUCACUUCGCGUGCAUUUAACUACGAAGCAGAACGUAUCCUAUAUCGAUCGUUCAAUAACUUCUCCGACAUCACCACCCAAACACUCUUUCUCAACCGCGUAAUUUCGUGUCCACGCGUGGCUAAAUUCGUGCGGAGCUACAAGCUCUUUAUCACCUUCACUAUCGAUUCAGAAUUGUUGUCGGAAUUUCUGACACUCUUACAUACUGCCUUCCUCGCACUCGUCGAGCUCAAGUAUCUCGGUUUUCGAACUCUGGGGGGCUCGUCCGCUGCGCAGGUCCUCACAGGGUGCACGUUCCAGCUAGAGGAACUCGACUGGGACUGUUCUUGUGACGAACACCUUCUCAUCAAUUUUCUAUCGACACAGAAAUCGCUCCAGUCGUUCGCGAGCUGCUGGGAUCCCUCUCAUAUUCCUCCACCUCCGGAUAUCGUUCCCUUCCUCACCUCCCUUCGUGGGAGGUAUGGUCUCAUACAGGCGUUCCUUCCUGGGCGGAAGAUCACGAAUCUAGACUGGAUACCAGACAUCGAUGAUCCAGACCCAGAUAUGGCCCUUCUUGCUGAUUCUCUGGCAAAUAUCCAUACGAUGACGUUUGGAGGUUAUUUUACGCGUCCAAACCUGUCCACAAUCGCACAGUAUCUGACUCAGGUUACGAACUUGGAGUUGAGAGGGGUGCAGGCGGACGACUUGGACUGUGUCCAUCUGAUGCCCAAUUUAGAGGUGUUUACGAUUUCUAUGCGACCCGUGCCGGGAUUUUUGAUCCCCCGGAACGACCCAAACGCCGUCGUUGUCAAACUGUUCAGCGGGUGUGCCAAAUUAGAGAUCAUCACCAUCGCCUCCAAAAAGCAUGACUUCUGGCCGCAAGAUUACAGAAAGUGGGAGCGGAAGGACUUUACGGCUCAUAACGGAGAAGGAAUCAUUCCGUGGACAGAUAUCCCGUAUGUUGUAAGUGAAUGGAAGCGUUUCAACCUGCUUCAGCGUGAAAUUUUGAUACCAGCUCACUGGGUAGCGUCCCCAGGCUGUUUCCCGGGUCACUAUUGUGGAGGCUACGACAUAUGAUCCAAGCCCCAGCGGAUGAACGUGAGAAACUGGUGUGUCUCGACUCUUUGCUGAUGGAUACUCGGAACUAACAUGCCGGUGUAGCCUUCGUAAGUUGAAACGCGCCUGGACGCGUCGGAUAUGACACCCAUACUUUCAAGG